AUGUCAUAUUUCCAGGCAGUUUACGGUUACCCUCCACCCUCUGUGACGUCUUACCUUCCCGGCUCUUCGGCCGUUCACUUGGUUGAUCUCACCCUUAUCGACCGUGACACUUUACUCAAGCAACUUCGAGAGAAUAUGCUGAUAGCGCAGCAGAGGAUGCGUCAACAGGCUGAUAAGCAUCAGUCGGAGCGUAUCUUUCAGAUAGGUGAUUGGGUCUUCCUCAAACUCCAUCCUUAUCGGCAGACAUCCGUUUCCAAAACUCAUUGCCCAAUACUGGCUCUUCACUACUACGGUCCCUUCCAAGUGGUCGCCAGAGUUGGACUAGUCACUUACACCUUGGCGCUUCCCCCUCAGUCACGCAUUCAUCCCACCUUUCACGUCUCUCUGCUGAAGCCCCAGGUUGGUGCUCACACAAUUACCUCUGCAACUCUCCCACAGGUCUCUUCUGAUGGCUCUUUUAUGUGGUUUCCGGAACACAUCCUGCAACGUGGCAUGAUCAAACGUGCCAACAUAGCGGUCACUCGCUGGCUUAUUAAGUGGGCAGGCCGGCCGGAGCAUGACGCCACGUGGGAGGACGCUGACUCUAUCUUGAGCCGUUUUCCAGAUUUUGAAGCCUGA